AUGACUUCUAAAGCUGCAUCUGCGUAUGAAAAAGCAAAAAAGAAACGAGCUACUAUUCGCGCGGUAACAACUAAGCUACUGAAUAAAAUUUCUGAGCAGUUAAAUAAUGAAGACGUUACUGUGGAAGAUUUAAGCACAUUCAAGCUGCAAUUAAAUAGUAAGCUAAAUCAAAUUCAAGUCGCUGAUGCAGAAGUUGAAAACUUAAUCGAAGAUAUGGAUGAAUUCGAAAAUGAAAUAGAAGCUAGCCAAGAAUAUUCAGAUAAAAUUCUAAAUCUUCAGUUCGAUAUUGAAAGCAGAAUUGAAAAAAUUAAGCUUGACUUUGAGAAAGAUAAUCGGUCUACAUUACCAUCGCGAAGUGGACCUUUUCAAACAAGUAAAGAAAAUACCAAAUUGAGUCACCAUUCCAGUGUAAAAAUUGAUGAAGUUCUUCAGAAAUUCUGGGAAUUGGAAUCUAUUCCUCAGAAAGAAAAGUUAAGCAUUCAAGACGCAAACUGUGAAAAGUUUUACUCAGAAACUACAACUAGAGAUGACACUGGAAGAUAUGAAGUCAAACUGCCAUUCAAGGAAGAACCAAGUCUUGGAAAUUCGAGAGAUCAAGCGGUUGCACGAUUUCUGUCGUUGGAAAGGAAACUAAUCCAAAAUCCUAGCAUGUAUGAUCAAUACAAGAAUUUCAUGAGGGAAUAUUUAUCCUUAAACCACAUGGAAUUAGUGCAAGCAGAAGAGAUCAUAGUAGAAGAUCGCAAGUGUUUUUAUAUGCCACAUCACGGAGUAAUUAGAGAACAUAGCAGCACCACAAAAUUAAGAGUUGUGUUCGACGCAUCAGCUAAAUCAUCAACAAACAUCUCGCUAAAUGAUGUUUUGCAUGCUGGACCCAAACUCCAGACUGAUCUAUUUUAUAUUCUAUCAAAUUUCAGAAUACACUCCAUAGCUCUUGCGGCUGAUAUCGAAAAAAUGUUCCGACAAAUUCUUGUCUCACAUUCAGAUUCUGAUUUUCAGAGAAUUAUGUGGCGAGAAAAUCCCGAUCAAAAGAUUGAAGACUAUAGAUUGAAGACAGUGACUUACGGAACUGCUUGCGCACCGUAUUUAGCCAUAAGAACUAUUAAAAAACUUGCUGAAGAUGAAGAGAUGAAUUUUCCUAAAGCCUCAAAAGUUAUCGAGAAGGACUUUUACGUAGAUGAUCUAUUAACAGGAGCCGAUUCAAUUCAGGAAGCUGAAAAUCUCAUGAGUGAUUUAAUUAAUCUAAUGAGAAGAGGUGGAUUCACUCUUCGAAAAUGGAUAUCAAAUGAACAAAGUAUUCUUUCAAAAUUACCUCCUGAACUAAAAGGAACAGAACAGUCUAUAAAUAUUGCUGAAGAUCAGUCAGUGAAACUUCUUGGCAUUCAGUGGGAUCCAAAUCAAGACACAUUUGCGAUUCAUUUAAAUCCAGCUCAAAAAGUCACCACAAAACGGCAAUUAUUGUCAAGCAUUGCUAGAAUUUAUGAUCCCCUCGGUUUCAUUUCACCCUCUACAGUUUUAGCUAAAAUUAUGAUGCAGAAAUUAUGGUUAUGCAAGUCAAAAUGUGAUGAUCCACUCCCAGACAGGCAGCGUAAUAGGCUCUACGCCAUCUGCAGACCUGGACCCAAGGACUGUCAGCCAUUUUUUCAACUUUUAUGUGGUACCAAUAAAGACACUGAUGAAAAAUUGGUGAAGGAUUAG